CACACACGCACACACAUUUCUCCACACACUCCUCCACACACUCCUCACUUGCGCUCUUUCGACAUCUCACACGCUGCUCAGAGAAGAGGAGCAAUGACUGGCCAUCACUGGGGAUACGGAGAGGACAACGGUCCAUCGGCAUGGCACAAAGAUUAUCCCAUAGCUGAGGGGAAUCGCCAGUCACCGAUUGAUAUAGUCCCUUCAGAAGCUGUGUUUGAUGCCAAACUGUCUCCAAUCUCACUGUCUUACAACAACUGCACCUCUCUCAGCAUAUCUAACAAUGGCCAUUCAGUGGUGGUGGAGUUUGUUGACACCGAUGAGAGAUCAGUGAUUACAGGAGGUCCUCUGGAAAAUAUGUACAGGCUUAAACAGUUUCACUUCCACUGGGGAAGCAAGGGUUGCUGUGGCUCCGAACAUACAGUUGCUGGAAAAACCUUUGUUUCUGAGCUUCACCUGGUUCACUGGAAUGCCAAUAAGUACAAGUCCUUUAGUGAGGCUGCAGCUGCCCCUGAUGGCUUGGCGGUGCUUGGCAUCUUUCUGGAAACCGGUGAUGAGCACAGAGCUCUUCAUCAAAUAACAGAUGCCUUGUAUAUGGUUAGAUUCAAGGGCAGCCUUGCUGAAUUUAAGGGCUUUAACCCUAAGUGCCUCCUGCCAAACAGUCUUGAGUACUGGACAUACCCGGGCUCUCUCACCACUCCUCCUCUGUAUGAGAGCGUCACGUGGAUUGUGCUGAAAGAGCCUAUUUAUGUGUCAGAGAAACAGAUGGGAAAGUUUCGCACGCUUCUGUUUAACGGUGAGGAGGAAGAAGACCGAAAUCGAAUGGAGAACAACUACAGACCACCACAACCACUGAAAGGCAGGAUGGUGCGAGCCUCUUUUAAAUAGCCUGGUGCUUAUUGAUGAGCUGGAGCUUCAAAACCACCAAAUAUGAUGAACUAUAUUCUUCAAAACACUGUUCCUUGAUCACUUUUGAAGUUCAGACGUAUAUUAAGGGUGUUGGGUUUGUUCUAUCAUGUCACUGUCUCUUGAACGCUGCUUUAAGGUUUUGGGCAAUGACCUUAAACACACAGCUUGACUGACAUUGAGCUCUUUGAAUCCGAGGCUCUCCAUUUUUAGAUCUCUUCUCAUCCACCUUGAUCAGGCUUGUGCAAACAGAUCCUCGUUGUAGAUUCAAAGGGUCCAGGCUGUGGGUCUGGUAAGCCCACUGUCGCCUGCUUCUUCACCGGUGUACACAGUAAGAAUGGAUCAGUAAUCCAGGAGUCUGAAAUUGAACCCGUUCGUCUCCAGCUGGGGCUCUUGUUAACUUUUGAUAAGGCAUGCGCGGUGACAUUUAAGCUCUUCAUAGUAAGGUAGAUGGUUGCACUCAGUUGACGCUUGAAGUUGCAUGAUUACACAGCGUUAUUUUGGAUUUUGUUGUGAUUUUAUAAAGUAAGUCGUCUUUGCAGACUGUAGUGGGACUUUGUUUCCUGGCAGUGAAACUUUAUAAAUGAUUUUACAGUAAUGUGUGGAGGUUGAAAUGACUGAUGGAUCACGCUGUGCACACUUUAAAAAACAAGUUCCUAUUAUUAAUGUAAUUCCUAAUGGAAUCUCUGGCAGGGGAGUGACGGAAGCUCUCCAACAGCUCAGAGCCGUAUUUAGACUCAACUCCUGGAAAACAUCCAGCUCAGACGGCAGGGAUUUUCUUUUGGAUGUGUUUGGGGAUUUCAUACGUUUUGUAUUGUAAUUAGGUAUGUUAAAUAUGUACAAAAUAAAACUAUUUUAAUAAUC